UGAGGGCAGUUCCGGAUGGCACAUGUACUCCUCAAAGUCGCCAGAAGAUAUGGUGAUGGUUUUGACGACUUAAGUUUAGCGGAUGCCUUGGAUGACCAUCCAACCAAGCGACCUACUCCCAAGCUGCCCAGAAAACCAUCAGGUGGAACAGGCUAUGGGGAUAGUUCGGACGAUUUCAGCUUGGCAGAUGCCCUGGACGACUUUCCCACCAAGCGACCUACCCCCAAGCUGCCCAGAAAGCCAUCCAGCGGAACAGGGGACUUCGAUUUAUCUGACUUCUUUGACACCCCACCGGAAACGACAACAAAACCGGGAAAGGCAACUACUAAACCCUAUCCCAAGAAGCCAGAUGAUAUUAGCUUAUGGGAUGUGAUCCACACCACCACCACCAAGAAGCCAAGAACCACCAAGGCCCCGCCCAAAAAGAAUCCAGCAAAGGAUCCUAUGGACUUUGACUUAGCCGAUGCCUUAGAUGAUCAGAAUGAAGGAAAAGGCGGUGGGAAGCCAAAUGUAAAACCUGAUAAUGGCUCGAAAGGUAAAGGUAACCCUUCAAGAGGUGGAAAAAAGGCAUUUUCAGAUGAGGACCUGGUCGGUGUUUUGGAUGAUGGGGACUACCAUCCUGAUAAGAAGAAAGGUGGUGGUGGCGGCGGCAGCAGUGACUAUGAUGCAGGCACCACCGCCGAGACGGGGACAAUCGCGGGGAUAGCCAGCGCCCUCGCCAUGGCGUUGAUCGGCGCCGUGACCAGCUACAUCUCCUACCAGCAAAAGAAGUUUUGCUUUAGCAUACAACAGGGGCUUAAUGCGGAAUAUGUGAAAGGAGAAAACACAGAAGCUGUUGUAACUGAAGAGCCUCAAGUUAAAUAUUCGGUCUUAGAAACACAGUCAGCCGAGCCGCCGCAGCCACCACAAGACAACGCGAAGGUCUAGUGCAUGGCCUUGGACUGGAAGAGCGCUAGCAGCAGACACACACAAACCAUUUCACAUGCUUGUAAUUCAGCUUUUAAUUUAAUUUGGAUCCAAGCUAUUUAAUGUGUAUUUAGACUAGACGUGGCUUCUUGUUGAUACAAGCUGUAGGGCUAGAAUGUCAGUGUCUUUUUUUGUUUUUGUAAAGAGUUGUAUGUUUACAUGGAAUUUAAUAAUGUAGGAUUGAUAUCAAGUUGUAUACAAAACCACAAGAGGUGCUUCAAUAGCCUUCCAAGCUACAUGUAGGAUUUUCACUUGCGGGACAAGCAGCUGGGAUAAUGUCUUUUUCAAAGAGUGCCAGAGCAUGCAGGUGUGAGGAUGACAAAGUGCCUGUAAAAUAACGCUCCAAAGCAAACCAUGCGAGAACCUUUGUAAAUCACUUCCAGCCAAUUUCUGCCAUCAGCUAUGAGCCUGCACAGGCCAGUGUCAGCAGUGAAAAUUGUGUGUGCAGCCAGCUGAUUGUGGAUUUUGCUCUUUAGAGUAACAGACAUAAGAAGUGCGUGCCUCUGGCUAGGUCCUGGGAGAUGACAAAUGCCUUUGCUCAUUGGAGGCUUUGAGUUGAGGAUGCACGUCAUGCUAGACUUCUACUCACAGGCAAGGGCCUGAUUUUGAUACCAGAUAAUGAUACCGCUAAUUGAAGUCCAUGCCCUGUGGGAUUUUGGCAGGUAAAGCUGUCAUACGUGGCUGCAUCUGAUACCGGCCCUUGAGCCUUGACUUCCAGCAUUUGGCUGUGACAACACAAACGUCUACCUUGUGAGAUUAACUGAAAACUGUGGACAUCUGCAUGGAACUAGGGACAUGUUCAGAUUUCAGAGUCGCUUGAAUUCAGAGAGAAGUUAAAACUGAGCGAGUUUGGGAAGUGACUUGCAUGGGGCCGUGCCUGUAGGUAUGUCUAUAAGCCUAGGUAUGUUUUUGUGUAACUGACUAUACAUGUUUUGCAGCAGCUGUACAAUUCCUUAUGCUCUGUUGGUUUUUGACACAUGCAUUUAAAAGCCUUAUAAUAGCUUUAAAGGCAGAAAUACAUUUGUUUUAUGAAUGUAUUUGGAUUACAAAACAAAACGUAAUAAGCUAUUUCCAAAGUUCUCGUGUAACCAUUGGCUUCUGUGGAACCGGAGCAGGGAAAAUAGACCAGGAAUACAGUAUUCAUACUUGCUUAGGGCUUGUCUUCACUACAUUGAUGCUGCAGGGACAUACACUGACAGGCGAUUUAGCACGUCUGUUUAGAUGCAAUAAAUAGGUGGGAGAGCAGCUUCCCUGCCAACCUUACUGUGCGGAAGACACUGGGAGAAGAGCAGCGACGUAGAUUAGAUAGAACAGGAAUGUGGGAGUAAUAUAGACCAGGGCUCAGAUAUCCUAGACUUUUUAUGAAGGUGGAAGUGUGGUGGUUUGCAGAAUUUUGAAGAGCACAUAAAGAAACCAACAUGCUAGCGAAGCCACAAAGUUGAAUUCAUGUGACUGUAUAUUUCCAAACAAACACCGUAGUUUGUUUCUUAGCCGACCAUGUGUAGUGUAAAAUCAUUUUUAGAUAAAUAUUGGAGAUCAAGGUUAGCAUAUGGCCCCGGUACAGCACUAGGAGCCAUUUCUUGGGUAGAUCAAGUGAACGUAAUUCCAUAUUUCAUUGUUGCCGAUGAAAGAAAGUGUUCAAGUGGGUAUAGAUUGUCAAUUUUUGUUGCAUUUCUGUUACUGCACUGUGACAAGAUUCAGAGGGGUAGUUGGGUUAGUCUGUUUCAGCAAAAACUACAAAGAGCCCUGCAGUACCUAAGGGUAUAUCUACACU